UGGGGGGGGGGGGGACGACUGCAGAGCUGAUUAUAGAAGAAGAUUUCCACUUCACCGAGAACCCUCCACCAAUCACCCCGCCAGACUGAGCGCCUUGGCUGUGUGAAGAUGAUUGUGGGGCUCCUCCUCCUCUCCCUCCUCCUAUUGGUGGACAGCGGGGAACCGCCAUGCUCCUCCCCCAUCCCAGGUCUCCCCGGGAUUCCCGGAACGCCGGGCAGAGACGGGCGGGACGGCCUGAGAGGCGCCAAAGGAGAGAAAGGUCUGCCUGCGCACUUCAACAUGGCGGGACUAAAAGGGGAAAAGGGAAUGGAAGGCCCAAAAGGCCCAUUGGGGAAAAAUGGCCCCAAGGGACCCCCAGGGACCCCAGGAGAGAAAGGUGAGCGGGGCCCCCGAGGGGACAAUGGGAUGCCCGGUAACUACAAGAGUCAGUAUCAGUCGGCGUUCACUGUGAAAAGAAACACGGGCGAGUUCCCCGAGGCGAACGCCCCGAUCAAGUUCAACGAAGUCAUUACCAACACGGAGAACGACUACAAGCGGGAGACGGGGAAGUUUGUGUGCCGCAUCGCCGGGCUCUACUACUUGGUGUACCACGCCUCCCAGUCCCAGAACCUUUGUGUCGCGCUCCGCGUGGACGACGACAUCAAGGCCAGCUUCUGCGACCACCUUUCCAAUACUCAUCAGGUGACCUCGGGGGGCGUCCUCGUCCAGCUGAAGAAGGGGCAGGAGGUGUGGCUGGUCGCCAACGACUACAACGCCAUGGUCGGCAUCGAAAAUAAUGACAGCGUCUUCACCGGCUUCCUGGUCUUCCCGGGUUAAGGAUGACUGUGUGGGCGGAGCUUCAGUCACGUUGUGGUCUGUGAAGGGUGGGGCUGUAAAGCAUGUAAGUGGGUGGAGACAGAUAUGACAUGGGUGGAGCUUGUAUUGCCCAGUGGCGGUAGGCACACGCCUUGCUUUCCUAUUACAAGUUGAUUAUUGGGAUUGGCCACCACACUGCUUAGAUUGUAAGCUCUCCAACCCAGACCCCUCCCCCGCUUAUCUCAGCAUUGUCAGAUUGUAAGCUCCCCAACCCAGACCCCUCCCCCGCUUAUCUCUGCAUUGUCAGAUUGUAAGCUCCCCAACCCAGACCCCUCCCCCGCUUAUCUCCGCAUUGUCAGAUUGUAAGCUCCCCAACCCAGACCCCUCCCCCUCUUAUCUCCGCAUUGUCAGAUUGUAAGCUCCCCAACCCAGACCCCUCCCCCGCUUAUCUCUGCAUUGUCAGAUUGUAAGCUCCCCAACCCAGACCCCUCCCCCGCUUAUCUCCGCAUUGUCAGAUUGUAAGCUCCCCAACCCAGACCCCUCCCCCGCUUAUCUCCACUCUCACCUUCUAUAAACAAUGUAACAUUUUAUCUUUUCAGUAAAUAAAUGUGUAAGACGUGU